AUGCCGAAGGUGCUGCUGGUCGUGCUGGGGCUCCUGCUGGCCCUGGGGUCUUCACUGGGCUCCUCAACCACGACGACCACCGAGACGCCAAAGGAACACAAAGCGGCGCCCAGUAGCAAAGAAAUCGUGACGAAAAUUGUGAAGAAAAUCAAAGUAAUGGCUGAUCAACACAAACUCCCCUCGUGGCUUCAGGAGCAAAUCGUCCCUUACGGUGACUCGGUAGCUUCUGGGCAUCCACACGUCCACAUUGUUAGCAACGAGGUGGAACCGACGCCCGACCCCAACUACUCCAUCACUGGAUACCACAUUAAAGGAAUGCUCGGAUUUGCUGAGUAUUUGAUUCUUCUUAUUCUUCUCAAGGGUUCUCUGGAUCACGUCGCGGAGAGAUACAAACUGUCGAACAAAAUCAAGGAGGACGAGUUGAUAGGGAAAAAAUCCAGACGAGCCACCAUCGAGAAUCUCGACGAACUGAGCCGGACAAUCGUGAAAGGUUUGAAACACAGGAAGUUUGAGCAAAAUAAAACAAGCGGAUUUUGAAUUGCUUUUUACAAUUGGAUGAUUUUUUUACUCUACAAACAUCAAUAAAACUGUUCUAUUCAGUUUGUCAAUACAGCAAAGCAUGCGCUUAAUUUGAGAUAUAAAAAAUUUGAAACUAAAUUUAAUCGAUUUUGUUAAGCAGAGAAAUGAUAAUUAAAGAGUUAUUUAUUACAUGAGGUUGUAGUUUUUUUGUUGUUAUACAUCUUCUCCGAUAGACAGUCACUGCGCUGGCGACACUUUGUCUUCGUAAAUUAAUUACAGCUCACGCACUCACAGUCCAGUUCACGACACAAACGACACUCUCGUCUCUUUUUCUCA